AUGACAUCAUCAGGAACAUCGAAUGUAAAUAUAGAUCCAUACACAUUUGUUACCAGUUUAACAAAAUCAACUCCGGUUGUUGUUUUUAGUAAAAGCUAUUGCCCAUAUUGCAAGAAUGCAAAGCGAGCACUAAGUACAUUUCGAAUGCGCGGUGAUUUAUAUAAAAUUAUUGAAUUGGACGAAAGAGAGGACUGCGAUAAAAUCCAGGAUAUAUUACUGCAGUUAACAGGAGCCAGAUCAGUUCCACGUGUUUUUAUUGGUGGAAAAUGCAUUGGAGGUGGUGAUGACACGGUAGCUGCACAAAAGGAUGGACGUCUAGAAAAAUUGUUGAAAGAAGCCGGUACGAGUUGA